GGCGUCACUAUGACACCGUUACAGCAGAGAGGCAGCGCGUGGGAGCCUUAUAAAUAUCUCUCCCACUUUUUCGCGAUUUAGUGCUAAAGCCCGUUAAUGUGCGGCUGCUGUCACAUCGACUGGUGUUCAGUGGGUGUUAAUGUAAUGGUCUCGGUUUAGUUAGAACAUUAGAUUACCGUCACACAGUUUGGAAGAAGCUUCGGUUUAGCUAGACUAGUUUAAAAAAUAAUCUAAGCUAGCAGGGUGAUUAGCUCUGUGUGUGUCAUCCAGACGGAUUUCUGAACAAAAAGUGUAGCUCAGACAGUGAUGGAUUCUUACAACACAGAGGAUAACCGCAUGAUGGAAUCAGGACAGAGUGUCCAAGUGUCCCGCCACAGUGAACGGAAAGACUCGGCUUUGUCAGGAUACGGGAACAGGAAGCUCCGUGAAGAUAAUGAGAGCUCCAGAGGAAAUCGAGCCCGGACCAGGAUACGAGAGCGGAACCGGGAUCCGGAUAAGGACCAGGUGUCUGAUGGAGACCAGAGCAGCGCCUCGUUCUAUUCAGAUGAUUACGAGAACGCUUCACUGUCUGAUAGGUCCUUCUCACCGCGCUCUCCUUCUCCAUCACCACACAAAGGAGCAAGGACACAGAGAGUAUCAAACAGCCCUGUACACCUGACAGGAGUUCGUAAGGGUGUACCACGGCGUCCUGGUCCCCAGACCAUACCUUCUCAGCGCUCCAGCGGUCUGCGCUCUCAAAGCCUUGGUAAAGAUGCUCCUCCCAAAGACCUGGACCUGGUUACCAAGAGGCUGCUGUCUGCCCGCCUAUUAAAGAUCAGUGAGUUGAAGAAUGCACUGGCUGAGCUGCAACUGCGCACUGACGAACUACAGCGAGAAAACCGUCUACUGAAGCAGCUUCAGCUGCGCCACGAGAAAGCACUGCACCGCUACAGCGACACAGAGAGCGAGAUCUCGCAGCUCAUCUCGCGCCACAACAACGAGACGCACGUCCUGCGUGAAAGGCUGCGUCGCAGUCAGGAGAAGGAGCGCAUGGCCGAACGCCGCUGCACAGAGGCAGACACGCAGCUACAGCGGUGCCGAGACCAGCUGCACAAACUGCAGCAGCUCGCUGACGACCAACGCCUCGGAGAAAGAGAUGACCUGGCACGAAAGCUCACACACGCUCAGGUCAAAGUGCAGGAGAGCGAGCGUAAAAUCAAGGAACUGGAAAAGAACAUGGACCUGAGUACAGGAAGCUUUCAGAGGCAGCUGGCGAGCGAGCGGAAGAAAACCCAUGAUGCCCAACAGGAAACCCAGACACUGCGGGAGGAAAUCAAUAAGCUAUGCACCAAACUAAAGGAGAGAGAAAGAGAGCUGGACACUAGGAACAUUUAUGCCAAUAGAAUGCUGAGAGGGGCUUCAAAGAAAGAUCUAGAAGAUUCCACCAGGAAGAAAGGUGGCAGAAGCAGCAGUAAAGCAGUGCAGACUGAAGACGGGAUGCUCUCACUAGACUUCCCCUCACCUCCUCUUGCUAUCACUAACGGUAGUGAGUUUUCCUGCGAUGACCAGGCGGAUGACUAUCUGUCUCUGAAGGAGCAGCAAAGCAGUGAUCAGAGACAGAUGGGAGCAGGAGCGCAAAGGAUUCAGGAGACGGCGAGAGAGCAGGAGGAGGUUAUAGCACGUGGGAUGGCGAUGGAGGACCAGGGGAGAGAGAAAGACAGAGUCAGGGAAAGAGAGAGUAAAAGUGAAAAUGAGAAAGGAAAGGUGCCGAAGCAGAGAAUGAAUUUUGAGUCGGAGUUGAGUGAAGAGAAAGGGACGAGGCAAAGAGAUGGAAGAGACCGAGAUGAAGAAGACAGGAAGAGGAGAAGUGAGUGGCAGACCGAGGAAAGGAAAGUUAAAGAGCCACAGCUGAGCGAGCAGGAGAUUCAGGCCAAUCAGGAACGUGUAGAAGAAGACCGCAGACGGAAAGACCAACUGUUGGCUAAAAUGCGUGAGAUUGACAUGCAAGCUCAGGUACAGGACUCCAGAUUUUUCCAUGACGAAACAGAAAGAGAUCGAAACCCUCCUCAAGAGCAUGUAGAAGAAGAGCGCAUACGCAAAGACCAACUUUUGGCCAAAAUGCGCGAGAUCAAUGUGGAAGCUCAGGCACAGGAGUCCAGCUUCUUCCAAGAUGAGACUCGCACUCCUCCUCGGAAUCAGAACACCUCCAUCUUCAGCUUCACAGAGCCUCAUGAAUAUCUGAGCACGUCCAAGACCGGGAAACGGGGCACGGCCCUGAGAUCACAGAUAACCAAUCAGGAUCUCGACCUCACCUUUGGCAGCUACGCUCCGUCGUUUGGGAAACCCGCUCCUCGAGCAGGUCUCGGACGCCGGAGCCCGAGCCAGACUGUGGACCAGCUGUCAGGAGACGAGAAUGGAGCGAUGGACCUGAGUGGACUCGCGAAGGAGAAGAAGUCCGAUCUCCUGCAGCAGCUGUUUGGGUCCUCAGUUUUGUCUGCUCCCCAUGUGUCACCCAGCAAGAUGGAGCUUCUGAAUUCUCCAAGCACGAUAUCUUCAUCAAGUGGACGUAGAAAAGAAAGAGAAACACCUAACAAGCUGAAAAAGACCACGCUGCAUGUCUCAGAGAGUGGACCGGCUGUUAGGGCCAUUACGACACUCGAUGAUGACAUUGAGGAAGUCACACUCUGAUUAAACGUCUCAUUGAGAUCGUUCGAUUUUGGAAACAGAGAAUGAGGAAGUUUCCAUACGUUUGCAGAGAAAAUUAGGCUCAGGUUCAAGCUCAGGUUGUACCAAGCUGCAGAGUCAGAUUCCUGACUGUCAGUAAAAUAAACUGCAAUGAUAUUUAAUCUCUACACCUGCUAAAUUUCCAUAGCCUUCAUUUACAUCUCAAACAGAAAUGACCUCAGUGUCAGGGGCUGCAUGGACAUUUUGCCAUUUGACCACCAGAGGGCCUUCUGGCAGGACUGGUUUCAUGUCAUUGUUUAUGUUUGCUUUGUCAUGUGCUUUUGUUGAUUUUUGCUUCCCAGUUUCUGUGGAGGACACCGAGCCACUUCCUUUUACCGCAGAGGAUGCCGUCCUACUUCCUGGCUCGACUGAGGACACCACUCCACCGCCUGUUUCUGCGGAGGACACCAUUCCACUUCCAGUCUCGGCUAAGGACAUCGCUCCACCUUUCGGUUCCAUUGAGAAUGCUGCUCUGCCACCUGUCCUGCAGAGGACAUCUCACUCUGGGCCCAGCUCUAUGGGGGGCCAAAGUAGACCAUGUACAUAUUUUUAUAUUUCAACAUUUCCUUGCUAAAAUGUAUAUUUAUGAAGAUCAAAAAAUUUUAUUAUAUAUAUAUAUAUAUAUAUUAGACCUGUGCAAUUUGACAUUGAAGUCUGAGCAGUGAUGAUAAGGGGCAUUAGUUAUUGUAUAGGCAAUGUUUUUAAGUGUAUGAAGUAUAGCAUCUGAAUAUAAAUUAAAGAUAAGUUUAACAUUA